AUGCCUCCUCGAAGUCAACCCCUGCCACAAGCAACAACUGAGUCCGCUCGCGAAGCGCGUAAGGCUUUCUUUUGUGAUCUGUGUCAAAAAGGCUACUCCCGCAUGCCCGAAUUCGAAGCCCACGAAUCCUCAUACGACCAUCUCCAUCGACGCCGCCUAAAAGAAACCCGCCAAAUGACCAAAGACCCCGGAGCCGCUGCGAGAGCCCGUGAAGCCGACUCGCAAAACUCCGGCCUCAAGUCGAUUGCGCUUCCCGCCGGCGGAGGAGCGGGCGCGGGACUGAAGAAGAAACCUGUCUUCAAGAGUACGCUGCAGCCGCAGAAUGCGAGUGUUGUGCCGGCACAACCAAUCGAUGUGAUGGCGGAGGGUAGAGGGGAAGGCUGGGAUCUGAAUGGAGCUGUGAGGAAUGGGUGGAAGGAGGAUGAGUAUGAUCCUGGCAAUCCGUUGCCGGAUGUCAAUUGGGACUUCAAGCUUACUGAUAUCAUGACGGAGGACGAGUUGGCGGAGAUGGACGAGGAGAUUGCGAUGCAGGAUGAUCCGAGGCUGAGAGCGAGGUGA